UUGGGAGAUCACGUGGCGCGCGCUCGGAGGAAGUGACGACACCGGCGGAAGUGAGGUCGGGUGAAGAUGGCGGCGCUGGCGGCGGAGCAGCUGGUGGCCGAGGCCGAGCGCUCGGUCCGGGUGGAGCGUCCGGUGGAGUUGGAGCUGGACCUGGGCAACCUGACGGCGCUGGACACGAACCCGCUGGCGGCCGGGGCCGGGGCCUGGCUGCGCUCCCUCGCCCGGGACAACACGCAGCUGCUGGUGAACGCCGUGUGGCAGCUGCCGAGCGAGAGGCUCCCGGAGGGGGUGGUGGCCUCGCUGCCCCCGCCCUCCACCCGCAUGCCCCGGGAAAAGCCGGUGCCCAGACCCCGGCCGCCCACCCGCUGGGAGCAGUUCGCCAAACUCAAGGGCAUCCGGAAGAAAAAGAAGAGCGGCCUGGCGUGGGACGAGGGCCGGAAGGAGUGGCGCCGCCGCUGGGGCUACCAGAGAGCCAACGAUGAGACCAAGGAGUGGGUCCUGGAAGUGCCCGACUCCGCCGACCCCAAUGAGGACCAGUUCGCCAAACGCGUGGCCGCCAAGAGGGAGCGAGUGGCCAAGAACGAGCUGAACAGGCUGCGGAACAUCGCCCGGGCCCAGAAGUCCAAGGUGCCCGGCGCGGGGCUCGCCCCCACCCCGCAGCCCAGCAAAGCCGAGCUCGGCGAAGCCAUCCGCGUGGCGAGGGCCUCCACCGCUUCGGUCGGCAAGUUUCAGGAAAAGCUGCCCAAGGAGCAGGAGCCGAGGAACGCCGGCAAGAGGAGGAAGUUCGAGCCCCUGAUCGGAGACUUCUCGGCGGAGAGGCGGAGGCAGCUGGAGCUUCUCGACGUUAUCUCCAGCCGGAAACCCAGACUGGACACCACCAAGGCCGCCAACAGGCAGCUUCGGGAAGACGACCAGGAGCAGGCGGCGAAACGGAAGAAAAUGCGGCCAAAAGGCGGGAAAGGAGGAAAAAGUCACAAUCGCAAUAAUAAGGGGAAAGGUCAACAUCGGAAAUCGGGCAUGAAACAGCUUGGGAAGAGAAAAUGAGCCCAACUGAACCCUUAAAUACUGUACUCUUGUUUUAGAGAACGUUGUAAUUUUGCGAGGACGUACCUUAUUUCUUUUUUCAGAAUUUAUGUUCUGACAGUUGUUUUUCACGAACUUAAAAUAAAGUAUUUUGUAUUUCUUA